AUGCUGUGUCCGUCUCGGAGUACACACCAAUACGAUGUUUGUAUAACGGCUGAACAGUUAUGUGAUGAUGUUGUCGACUGUCCUGGUGGUGAGGACGAGAACCCAACCAAUUGUUUAUUUUAUAAAUCUACUAAAGAGCAGCUAAAGCAUAUCUAUAAUACGGUGCUGCUGUUGGCCGAUCAUGCUACUGGUCAUCACGAAUUAUGA